AUGGAGGAAAUCGGUACCAGAGCCGGAAAUGGGUCGCCGGAAGUGGGGGACCUCAUCGGCGGUCGCUCUGUCAGAGAUGAAAGACGGCCGGAGACGGAAGACGACCGGAGAUGGAGAUCGCACGGUGGUUGGGUUUUGGCCGAAGAUGGAGAACGACGGUGGGAGGCUCGUGCGAAAAUGGUCGCCGGAACUGGAAGAACGACAGAGAACGGCCAGAACUGGAUGAACAAUGAAGAACGGACGGUGGUUGGCCGAAGAUGGAGCACGACGGUGGCGGGUCGUGCACGGUGGUCGACGGAUUUGGAAGCUUGGAAUCAUGCCUCCAUGUUGCGGCAUGUUUGGAAUCAGUUUGCUAGAUCAGGUUCCAUAUGGGUUGCUUGGAUUAAAGAGAACAUAUUGAAAAAUAAGAGUUUUUGGAAUAUUGGUAUCUCUCAAAACAGCUCUUGGUGUUGGAGAAAGCUGCUGAAAUUGCCUGUCUUAGCCAAACACUUCCUCAAAUUUGAUCUGGGGGAUGGGGAAAACAUUCACUUAUGGCUGAACCAUUGGCACCCUUGUGGAAUAUUGUUCGAUACUUAUGGUUUUCGAGUUGUCUAUGAUGCUAAGAGUAGACUGAAAGCUAAACUUUCUUUUGUAAUAAAAAAUAAAGUUUGUUGUUGGAAAGCUGCUCGUUCUAAUGCUCUUGUAGAUAUCCAAAGUAGGCUCCCUGAAAUCAAGAUAGGUGCUUGUGACAUUCCUAUUUGGUCUAUCUCCAAUAAGGGUUCUUAUGUAUACUCUGAUACUUGGGAAUAUCUUCGGAAGAAAAAUGAGGUGGUAGAUUGGUGGCAACUUGCCUGGAAUGGCAUGAAGAGCUGUGAACAUCUAUUCUUUGAGUACAGUUUCAGUCAUCGCAUUUGGAAAGCUGGAAUACACCUUUGCAUUGUGGAUAAUCCUCCUUCUCGUUGGGAAGAAGUAAUGAGUUUGGGUAGUAGAAAUUGGAAGGGCAAUUCCAUGCAUGCUACCCUGUGUAAGCUGGUGUUGAGCUCCUCGGUGUAUAAUCUAUGGAGUUCUAGGAAUGAGAUCAAGCAUAAUGGUUAUCCCAAAACAGAAGAACAAUUCUUGAAGGUGAUUUUUUGGAAGGUAAGAUCCAUAAUUUUGGGAAAGGGGAAGUUUCCAAAGUCUCAUGCCAAUGUUGUCCCCUGUCAAGCUUGGACAUUUCUGUAG